AACAGAUAUUAAAAAGAAGCAGAAAAAAACAUUCAAGUCAUUUUGCGAAAAAUUUUAGAAAUAGCCGCAAAUAUUUUUAUAUUCUUGAAAAUUUAUUAAAUAAAUAGUAAAACAAAAUGGUUUUCGGUAACGAUUGGAUGGAUGCUGCUCACAGCACUGGCACCACUAUUAUGGCUGUUGAAUUUGAUGGUGGUGUGGUCAUUGGUGCCGACUCCCGCACUAGUACUGGUGUUUAUGUAGCCAACAGAGUUACCGACAAACUUACCCGUAUUACGGAUAAAAUCUAUUGCUGUCGCAGUGGUUCUGCAGCUGAUACACAAGCUAUUGCCGAUAUUGUAGCAUACUCUUUGAAUUACCACGAAAAUCAGACCGGUGAUGAACCUUUGGUAGCUGAAGCUGCUUCAGAGUUUCGUAAUUAUUGUUAUAAUUAUCGUGAUUCUUUGGUGGCUGGUAUUAUUGUUGCCGGUUGGGAUAAAAAGAAUGGCGGCCAGGUGUAUUCCAUUCCUUUGGGUGGUAUGUUGAAACGUGAACCCGUAACAAUUGGCGGUUCUGGUUCUAGUUAUAUUUAUGGUUUUGUCCGUGAGUUCUUUAAGCCCAACAUGAAGAAAGACGAUUGUAUUGAAUUUGUUAAAAAGGCUGUAAGACACGCAAUGUAUCACGACGGUAGCUCUGGUGGUGUAGUACGCAUUGGCAUCAUUACUGGAGAAGGCAUUGAGCGUAAAGUAUUCUUCAAUACCGAAACUGGAGAACCCCUGGUAACUGGCCAAUAAAUAACAUUUCAAUUGUAAAAAAACACCAUUCACACAAUUACUCUACAAUUUAAUAAUAUAAAAAUCUUUUGUAAAAACACAAAACUGAAAUAAUAAAGAAAGGGAAAAGACUUCAAAGAAGCUAAAAGAAAAUCGUAUUUUUUAAUAUAAAA